AAUCACUAACAUGGCCGUCACCAGGGAGUGAGUCCAAGGAUUUGGAGGCGAAUAUUACUGUUUUUUCUUAAACAUUCUUGAUAAUUGACAGUGAAACUGGCGGGAGGUUGAUAUUGCAUAUCUAUAACAUCCCCUUGAAUGUAAGAGAAGCCCCACCCUCUCACUGACUUCAGCUCCCUGGACAUCAUCAGCUACAGCACUGACUGCCUCAUCUCAGACUGGCAGUGCCCGCAGGUGCAGCGACUUGGGGCUGGGGGCCACAGUUGCCUUCCUCUGCCAGCAGGACUGGGAUUGGGACAAGCGUCGACGGUGACUACCAGCUCUGUGCAUCUCAACAGAGUAUGGUGUGAGACAGUGGUUGCCAUGGAGCUACAGGAUAAGAAACAGGAGGAGGAGGCGACUCCACUGGGACUGUCCACAGCUCAGGCUCUGUGCACACUACGGAACCAGCUGUCCAACUUACUGGGACAACACCAGAAAUUCGGCCAGCGCAGAUUCACCUUACGGGAACUGUGGGCUAAGAGCUUCCUACACCAUGACAACCGGCACUCAUGUUUCCAUUGGCCGGGAGCUGUUCUCACACUGGUGGUGGUGGUUGGACUUUUGUGCUGUCAUGGCAGCCAGCCGAAGGGCAGUCAGGGCAUAGAACUGGUGAACGCGGGUGCACUUUUCCUCCUCCUGCUGUCGAACCUCUUCCUCAUUGGGCGGCAGCAGAGGCUACGUACGAGUGAGAUGGUGCGGAGGCUCAAAUCCAUCAUCUCGCAGCUAAAUGAUUAUUUGGAGAGAAGUGCAGGACAUCCAAUCAGAUGGGCCCCCUCCUUGUACCCGGAUCUCUACACUCCCACCUCCCCUUCAUGGUCACUGCACUGGACAUACAGAGAUGAGCAACUGGUCAAUCUACCUGUUAGUCUGCUGGUGGAGGGUGAUGUCAUUGCUCUUAGACCAGGCCAGGAAGCCUUUGCAUCUCUCAGAGGAAUCAAGGACGAUGAACACAUUGUGCUGGAACCAGGAGACCUUUUCCCACCCUUCUCCCCUACCCCCUCCCCACGUGGGAAUGAAAGGAGGGGCCCCCACAGUCCUCAACAGUACCGCCUCUUCAGGGUGGUGCGCACACCUAUACUCGACAGUGUCAGGAACAGUCUCGACCUGGCUCUCUCUCGCCCAAUCACGGCUCUUGAUAAUGAACGGUUCACAGUGCAGUCCAUUAUUGCCAAAUUUGCCUGCCCUGCUGUUUUUGUGGCCUUUUUGUCCAUUAACACGAUUCGUUAUUUCUGUGACACUCCCGGUCUCACCCCUGGACCCUUCAACUUCCUUCAGUUGCAGAUGAUGGGUGUAUUGCCUAUUUUACCUCUACUGUUUCCUGUCAUGUGGGUUCUGGUUAAUGCGUAUGGAGAGGCACGUGUGUUUGCCGAGUCCAGCCGGAACUCUCCCACUGGCCUGCUUGCUAAGUUCUCUGAGGACACUCUAAGCAGCUACACGGAAGUGGUGUCCUCCCAGGAAAUGCUACGCUGUGUGUGGAGACACCUGGUUAAUGUGUUGAAAGGACAGUCCCAGACCCUCUGUUAUACCUCCAGUCUGCUGCAUUCGUUGGGCUCAGUCACUGUGCUGUGCUGUGUGGAUAAGCAGGGCAUUCUUUCCUGGCCCAACCCCAGUCCUGAGACCGUGCUGUUCUUCAGUGGACGAGUAGAACCUCCUCAUGACAGCCAGGAAGACCUCAGAGAUGACUUGUCAGUAAACUCCCUCUGCCGGACAGAGGGCGACGAGGAACGAGAUGAGCCUCAGGAAGGCGAGGCUCUCCUGUGUUUACCUGCAUUUGAACCCUCACUCCAUAUAGCUGAGCAGGAGCCCAGUGAGACAUCACAUGACACUGCCCGUUCUUCAGACACACAACGCCCACGGCGAGGGCCUCAAACCACCCGCGCCAAACACCCGUCUGGCUCCAAUGUCAGCUUCAGCCAUGACACCGAAGGUGGAGUAGAUGACAUUUUGCAGCCAUGCAGUCUAGCUGAUGAUCUGUGUGAAGCAGAAGAUUUUGUGUGUGACUAUCAUCUGGAGAUGUUGAGCCUGUCCCAGGAUCAGCAAAACCCUGUCAGCAUCCAAUUUGAUGACUCUGGCUGGCAGAAUCAUCUGCCCUCUCUGAAGCCUCUCGGCCUGAACAUCCUACUCAACCUCUGCAAUGCCACUGUCACCCAGCAGCUCUGCAGAUUCUCCGACCACCUUUCCAAUCUGGCACUGCAGGAAUGUCAUGGGGCCGUUCUGCCUGUACACGUUCCCUGGGGCCUUUGUGAACUCUCUCGCCUUAUAGGUUUCACUCCAGGAGCAAGAGAACUGUUUAAGCAUGAAAAUCAUCUGACUCUGUACCAGCUCCCUUCUGGAGAGAAGGCCAAAGAAUCUGCUCCACGACGCCUCCAUCACUUCACCAAACGCCAGCCGCCCAUCAAUCACCUCAUCAGCCUGUUCGUCAGGGACAGCACUACCAACAAUGUGCAGAUGCUCUCCCACGGCUCGGCCGACCUCAUCCUGGAAGCCUGCACAGAUUUCUGGGACGGGGCGGACAUCUAUCCGAUGUCUGGAUCUGACAGGAAAAAGGUUCUCGAUUUCUACCAGCGUGCCUGUCUGGCAGGAUAUUGUUCUGCAUUUGCCUAUAAGCCUAUGCAGGUGGCAUUGUCCAGCCAGCUCAAUGGCAAGUGUGUGGAGUUGGCUCCGGGCCCCACGCUCUUCUCAGGGGUGGAGCUCCCUAGCACGAUUCCCAUCAAGCAUGGCAGCCGCAGGAACAGCUGGAGCUCUGAUGAGGGUAUUGGAGAAGGUCUGGAUAAGGAGGACUGUGUUCAGGCUCUGAGCGGGCAGAUCUUCAUGGGGAUGGUGUCGUCCCAGUUCCAGGCCCGACUGGACACAGUGCGGCUCAUUGAGAACCUGGUGGGAGCCUGCAUCCGCUUUGUAUACUUCUCCAUGGAGGACGAGUUACGCAGCAAAGUUUUUGCAGAGAAGAUGGGUUUAGAGACAGGCUGGAACUGUCACAUCUCUCUAACCCCAAACGGAGAUAGUCACUGUGAUGGUGCUCCCUCCAGCCCUAGCCAGGCAGGAUCUCUACAUGAUGACCUUCUGCAUGAUUCUCGUGAUGAUGCAGAAGGCCCUCUACUGCCAGAGGAUCAAUCAGAUCUUGCCAGCUUCCAGCCUACUGACAGUGAUGUGCCCAGUUUCCUAGAAGACUGCAACAGAGCCAAACUGCCUCGUGGCAUCCACCAAGUUCGUCCUCAUUUAAAGAACAUCGACAAUGUGCCUCUACUGGUGCCCCUGUUCACAGACUGCACCCCUGAAACAAUGUGUGAAAUGAUGAAGAUCAUGCAGGAGAACAGAGAAGUGACGUGCUGUUUAGGGAGCUCUGCAAAUUUCCGCAACAGCUGCCUGUUCCUGCAGAGUGACAUCAGUAUCUCUCUGGAUCCUCUGUACCCGUCGCGGUGCUCGUGGGAGACUUUUGGGUAUGCUGCAGGCUGUGGGCUGAAUAGAGACUGUGAUGAACUCUCUCCACUGGGGCUUAGUGCUCGCCUCAACAGUCUCGCCUGCUCGCUGUCCUUCCAUCAGGGGGAGAGUGUCAGCGUAGUCAAACUCAUAGAGCAGGCGAGACACACCACCUAUGGCAUUCGCAAGUGCUUCCUCUUCCUACUGCAGUGUCAACUGACCCUGGUUAUUAUUCAGUUCAUGGCCUGCCUUAUUCAACUGCCCCCUCCCAUGAACAUCACAGAUAUUCUGUGGCUUUCCUGCUUCUGUUACCCCCUGCUAAGUGUGUCCUUCCUGGGUAAACCUCCUGAUAGCUCCGUGAUGACAGUCGCUACUGGAAAGAAUCUCAGCUCCAUACCACGCAAGACUCAGCAGUACUUCCUGGGUUGGUUCCUGUUGAAGUUUGGUCUGACGGUGUUGGCCUACUUAGUUGGCUUUGGGUUUUCUCUACAGGAAGUGUGUAGAGUAGCUAACCUCACAGAAAAUGAAAACAACAGCACCCUCACCUGCUCCCAUAUAUUCACUUCUAGCUCCCAGGAUGCCCUUCAGUGGUUUGGUGAAUUGUCCAAUGGGCUGCUUCUGAUUCAGAAGGUCAUGGCGGGUUUCUUGGCUUUGCACACAGUGGUCAUCUCUCUGAGCUAUGUACACCGUUCCCAGUCCUUGUGGAAAAAGAACCCAUUCAGUAACACAUGGUGGUGCCUCACAGUGCCUGUGGUAUUGUUGGGGCAGGUAGUGCAAGCUGUGGUAGAUUAUUAUUUAUGGCAGGACAGGAGCACAAAGGUGGUCUUUACACUAGCUCACAUUCCGUUUGAGGUCUGGCUGUUUGUGUCUCUGUCAAUUGUGUUUGUGGUGCUAAUCAACGAAGCAGUAAAACUGAAUGAAAUCAGGGUACGAGUGCGUUACCAGAAGAGGCAAAAGCUUCAGUUUGAGACCAAGCUGGGAAUGAACUCUCCUUUCUGAGCUGUGUCUGCAUGUCAUGUUCAUUUCCAUGGUGGAGAAGUCGAAUCUAAAAUCAUUUGGAUUCCUCUGAGCUAAGCUCUUCCUGCCACACCUCUGAUGGGUUUAACCCUAUUUCUGCCAAAAAGGCCACUAAGGACUGUGUUUUUAGUCAGCGAAAUCCUGAAAUCUCUUCGAUUUAGGCUUUACUCAAAGUAAAGAUUUGAUCUUUGUUGUUUGAGGGAUGUUUACCUGCAUGCUGCUUUGGUAAUUUAUUAGAGGGAUUUUUUUUCUGAGGACAUUCCUUUAUCCUCUUCAUAACUGUAGUGCAUGAUAUAGCUUUUAUAUGCCAAAACAUACAAUGGAGGGCUAAAUUAGCAUGAUUUAUUUUUCCUCUUUAUUUUUAUUAAUAACAUUUUAUUAGCAGUUGCGAAAUGGAGAUUUUAUUGAUUUACUUUUUCGUUCAGUCAAAGUGUAUAAAGUAGACAAGAUAAUUGACUGCUCACAAAUUGGGCUUUUACUGUAUUUUUUUUUUUUUGCUGUAUUCAUAUUUUGUUCUGUGUAACAUCCUGCUGAGAGGUUGCAUACAUUUAAUUUACCAUCUACCACAUGAAGAGCUUGUUGCAGCCUUUUUUUAACAGGUUAUAAUGUGAAUGUCACUUACCUCAUACUCGAGCAUACAGGGGAAAUAUUUUGUGUGCUUUUAUUUUGUGGUUUCUACCCUUUAAGAGUGUAUGAGUAUGCUAAUUGUUUUUUUUUUUCCCCAGAAUAUAUAUUAGCCAGAACAACUUGGCUGAGAAUUUUAGCCUUCAAUAGAGUCCGUGUGAGACUGUGUGAAUCCUUUAUUUACAGACUGAAUGGUGUCAGAUUGCCUAAAAUCAAUCAUAUUUAUUUUCCUCAUACAAAUUAAUGUCAGAGCCCUAUCGGUGAACAACAAACUCUGAAAUACAUUGUUUAUAAAUAGCUGGAAUCUUUUGGACAGAUUUGAUCUUAGUUUUGAUUCUAUUUUUUUAACCUCAAUUUGUUACUAGAUAUUGAAAACUCUGAGCCCUUAAAGGGAUAGUUCACCCAAAAUAGAUGAUUCUCUCAUCAUUUACUCAACCUUAUGCCGUCUCAAACUCAUAUGACUUUCUUUUUUCUGCAGAGCACAAAGAUAUUUUGAUGAAGAUUUGAGGUGUUUUUGUCCAUACAAUGCAAGUCAAUGGGGUUUUAAACUUUCGAGAUGGCACGAUUUAUAGUGAAAAGGGAGUUUGAUUUUGGUCUGUUCUCACCCAAAACUGAUCAUAUAACUUCAGAAGACAUGGAUUAAACCACUGGAGUCUUUUUGCUGCCUCUGUUUUUUUUGUUUUGUUUUUUUUUUAAGCUUGAAAGUGUUGGACCCCAUUGACUUGUAUUGUAGGGAUGAAAACACCUCAUAUCUUUGUUUGUGUUCCUCAGCAGAAGAAAAAAGUAAUACGAGUUGAAGACUGCAUAAAAGUGAGUAAAUGAUGAGAGAAUUAUCAUUUUUGAGUGAACUAAGACUUAAGACGAAGCAAGAGUAAAAAAAAAAUAAAAUCCAGCUAAAGAUUGUUCCAACUCGAAUCGUUCUCGCGAUUGUCAGCAAGAAUGCAUUGAAUUCUUUUGCAUACAUUUGCAAGCAAAAAAAUCAAAAACACUUAAUUACAAAGCAGGUGUUUGAGAAUUUUUCUAAUUCUGAAACUGUAAAUAAUAUAACUCUGGAUGGGGUCUGGCUUAUUUUAUUUAUUUAUUCUUUUUAACAUUUGUGUUGUUUCCCAAUCCAGAAAGUUUAGUGUUUACUGGUAAAGAGGGAUUUUGAACUUUUUAUUCUGUUCUACCUCUAGCUGAUUGCCUCAGUUUAUAUAAUUCUACUAAAUUUCAUGGUUUUAAUAGGAUUUACUGUUUUAAUUAAUCCAGUUGGGCUGCAGCUAUGGAAUGUAAGGGGCUCGUUCACAGUGUUACCAGAUGUCCUGAUUCAAGAUCACAUACUGGUCAACAUUGCAAAUGUAUUUUCUGACAGUGAUCAGCUAAUCUCCAAAUUACCAGCACUUCUUCUUUCACAAUACUAGUGCAAUUACUCUUGGAAGGAACGUAGAGCCUAUUUGCUUCUUAACCCCCUUUGACUAUCCAAUCAAAAAAAUAGUAAGAAAGUUUUUGCCAAACCCUGAACGAGUAGCAGAUUUUUAAAACUGAUGUUUGCAGGCAUCUCUUUUUCUUUGUAGUUAGUAUUUUUGAGGAGCCGGUCUUUCCCAUGUAUGUUAUGAGUCACAAUCUAUCCCUUUUUCUACAUUAUGUACCAAAAGAUGUCUUAACCUAUUCUUUUCUGCAUUUUUGUUCCUGUGUCACUACAUACUGUAACAGCAUCUAGUUUGUUGAUAUUUAUUUUGAAAUAAUAAUUACAGCACAAGUCUGUACAUCUUAACAGCCCUUUUUAUAAUGCUGUCUACAUCCAGAGAUUGUCAUAGGCACUGAAUGUUCAUCCCUGUAUAUAAUUCCAUAUACAUUAUUGCAUUUAAUCUGUUUUCAGUAUUCCUAUUUGAUUUCGUCACAGUUCUAAUUUCCUGCUCAUUCAACUUGAAGGCAGUUCUUAUGACGUGUUUAGAGGCUACACUGGCCUAUUAAUAUAGCUGUGGUUACCACUGUUGUGUAACUAAACUGUUGCACUUGUGUAUAUGGUUGAGUGAAAAUAAAGGGAAUUGAUUUGAUUUGAAACUGCUCUAAUUCAGACAUAUCAAAGCAAUCAAAUGGUAGACCAUAGAGAGAGUUCUGCUAUUGUUUUUGUUUUGUUUUAUUUAUUAACUUUUUUAAUUGGUGCAGAAUUAGUGGUAGAACAAAAUGUAUAAUUAAGAAAAUUGUAAAAUAACAUAUCAACAUAAUAGAGGGAGAACUUUGCUUUUAAUUAGCACUGAUCUAUUGUACAAAUUACAAUAACAGGAAACGUGUUAAUAAGGUAUAUGAAGUUGAGAGCAUCGUUUUUGUACAGUGAGCCUUUUUGUAAUUAUUUUCUCUCUACACUCAUAUUUCCUGAUGUGUUUGCAUGUUGAAGACCACAAGAACGCAAUGUGUGUAAAGGUUUCUUUAAUUGUUUAAUCAUCUGUUGACUAUUGAAUAUGUUAAGUCAGUCAUGCAUGGAUUAAAAGUGUGCUGAUGCUUUUUCAGUCUGUCAAAAAAGGCUGUAACCACAUCUUUUAAACCAGGCAUGUGAAUCAGGCCUGUUUUUGGCAAUGUUGAAUAUGAACCUGUACUGAUUGACUAUAUAUACAAAUAUUUGGUAUUUAUGGAUGUUCAUAAGAUUUUUAAAUGUUGUACAGUUUGUAUUUUUUUAAGAUGUAUUCAUCAUUGCUUUCCUUCCCCCUGGUUAUUUGUGAACCAGUAAUGUUAUGUUAAUAAAUAUGUCCAUUUCAAAACAGA